AUGGCUUAUGUAUUACUAUCGGACAUGGUCAGGAAAGAAACCAAUAUGUAUUCUUUUUAUAUAAAUGUUUCAACAAAUGAACUGGAUUUUGUGGCCUGUAGAAUUUUUGGAAUAUGUGUAAAUGCAGCUUCUGUUGAAUGGCUUUGGAGUUGUAUGGGUUUUUUACAAAACAAUCGACGCAAUCGGUUAAUGUCAUCGAAAACACUUGAAAUGAGUCGAUUAAGAGCUGAUAUUAUAUAUAACCAUCGUCUUUAUUCCAAUUCUUCAAUGGUGACAAUUACAUCAGAUGAAUUAUCAUCUACUACUAUACUAGAUAAAAAUAUAGAAUUAUUUAACACUAACGAUCAAAAUAAUGAUUUUGACAAUUUAAACAAUGCAGACACUAAAGAAAUGAACAAUGUGAAAGAAAAGGAUUUAGAUUAUAAAGCAGAUAAUAAAAUAAUGAAUGAAGACUCUGGUGAUGAAACUGAAUUGCAGAUGGGUUUCUUGGAAAAUGACUUCCAUGAAUAUCUUCAAGGUUGGACAGACAUGUUAGAGGAGAAAAGCAAGGAACUUUUAAAGAAGGAGAUGAGUCAUACGAAGACAAAAUUACAUUAUUAG